CCAUCUGUCAGUUUCUUUUGGAUCUACUUUCCAGCACAUUCACCAAACAUCACACUUCCUUCUUUUACUAGCAUCACACAAGCGCCUUCAAGGCUCGCUUCUCAACCUCUCUCUCCCUACCUCUCUCUCAUAAAUCCAACAGGACAAGUGGUCAAGACUGAGCACGGCCAUCAGGGCUUCAGUUUUACAAGAUGCGUUUCUCCAAGUCUCUCAUCGUCAUGGUGGCUGCCUCCAUGGGUGCCAACGGCGCCCCAUCUGGCAUGGACACUCGUGAGCAAAGGGCUUUGACUCAACCUACUUUGGUGGCCAGACAAGCGACCCCGGCUCUCCCGGCUGCUGCCCCCGCCGCCCCCGCCGCUCCCCCUUCAGUGCCCAAGGCAGACGAUGACAAGAAGGGCGAUGGCGAUAAUAAGGGUGAUAAGAAGGGUGACAAGAAGGAUGACGACGAUAAGAAGGGUGAUAAGAAGGGUGAUAAGAAGGGUGACAAGAAGGAUGACGACGAUAAGAAGGGUGACAAGAAGGAUGACGACGACAAGAAAGGUGAUAAGAAGGGUGACAAGAAGGAUGACGACGACAAGAAGGGUGACAAGAACGACGAUGACAAGAAGGGUGACAAGAAGGGUGACGACGAUAAGAAGGGCGACGGCGACAAGAAGGGCGAUGGCGACAAGAAGGGCGACGGCGACCGCAACGGAGGCGGCCGUGAUGGCAACCAGAACUGUGCCGAGGAAGACCGCGGCCGCGACAGAGACGGAAAGCGGUGUUGCGUCACCCGUGGCCGGGACGGCGAUCGCAACGGAGGUGGUCGCGAUGGAGACCUCAAGGUCAUCCGCGUCGAUCGCGAUGGUGACCGUGAAGGUGAGCGUGGCGGUGACCGCGACGGUGACCGCGACGGUGACCGCAACAACGGUGGGCGCGACGGUAACCGGAAUGGUGACCCGGAGUGCACCCGCGAAGGCGGCGAAGGCGGUCGCCGCGGCGGUGACGACGACGACGACGACGACGACAACGACAACAGACGUCCUCCCCCUCCGGCUCCUCUAUUCCCUCCCUACCCCCCUCCUCCCGGCUUUCCCAUCGCCCCGGCUUUCCCGGUUUACCCUCCUCUCGCCCCCGGUGGUCCUCGUAACCCAGACGGCCCUCGUCGUCCUGACGGUCCUGACGGCCCUGGUAGGCCCGACGGACCCAAUAGGCCUGAUGGCCCUGAUAGGCCCGACGGACCAAAUAGGCCUGAUGGCCCGGAUAGGCCCGACAGGCCUGACAGGCCCGACAGGCCCAAUGGGCCCGAUGGUCCCGAUGGUCCUCGCCGUCCCGAUGAGGACAAGAAGACAGCCUGA